UAUAGCUAUUUACAGUUUUUUUUAUUUUUGAGAUUUUUAUCGUUAUGUUGAAUAUAACAUCUAGUAUAACAAUUAAUAGCGUGUCUUGGGGUAGAGCAAGCGAUAUAUCAUCAAGAGGAAAUUCUAAGGGUACUAUCGAUGAUAUUAAGGAUGUGUUUUAUGACAAGUUCAGCCUACCGUACUUUAAGGCAUCGCUGUUUGCCACGGCUUUAGAAGACUGUAUUACACAAAUCCGCAUACUGGAGCAAUGUAAUACAGAAAUACGUUUAACAAAAACAAUGGUUGAAAUGCAGAAAUUGCUCGCCGAUAAGUAUGGCGUCGAAAAGAAGAAAAUCUGUGACGAAUUGGAAGGUAUCGAUACAAAGAAACUUGACUGUUUGGAUUAUAAGUUGGACAAGCUGGAUAAUGAUAGAAAGCUCCUUGUCAAUAUUCUAUGUGAAACAUACUUGGAUCUUUCAAAACACCGUCGAUUCUACGCACUUUCCGACUAUGUCACUACGGUAACACGCAGACGCCAGCACUCUGAAGAGCUUAUCGAAGACGAAGCGAAAAAUAAACUAUUACGCCGUGAGACUCAGCGCCAGUUGCGGCAGCAAAGGAACCAUAUAAAAUCUGUUACUUACGACUGCAAUAUGAAUGUAGAGAACCUUAAAAAUAGAGUUCAGGAUGCAGCUCUGGAUGUUGAAAUUCGUUGCCGUUACAUAGGUAAUUGGCAAAACGCUCGAUGCGAGCAGAAUUCUCAAAAAAUAUCACACAUAGAGACGCCUCAUGCUAAAAAUAUUGACUUCUACAAGCAAAAAACAGAGCAAGAACAUCGAGUUCACAGCGAAGUUGAACUGCUUAUGAACAUUCUUAUCAAUGAAAUUUUAGAAAAAGUAGAAGAAUGGAUGAUGAAGUAUGAAAAAGACAUGGAGAAAAUAGAUUUAAAGAUACAAAGGACGAAGACUAAGCAUGAAACAACAGAAGAAAGGAGAUUUGCGCUUGAGGAAAAGCUGAAGCUCCGAGAGGAGGAACUGAAGAACUGGAUAUCCUUUAAGGACAAGCGUGAAGCUGAUCGCCUGUACAGAGAGAAGAUGACAAACGCAGCUUUGGCAAUUCAAGCCUGGUGGCGUGGGUUACUGGUGCGAUUAGAACUGGGGCCAUAUAAACCCAUAAAGCGGCCAACAAAAGGUGAUAAGAAGAAAAAGUGAGAAAUGAUGUUGAGCCUGCUAUGUUUGUGUUGUUAUACUUGAUGAUAAUAGCAUACUAUUUUGUAUUCUUUUAUAUGUAUACUUACAUUGUUUAAUUUUUUUAU